AUGUCCUUUAGGCAGAAACGCCUUGUCACUGCCGGCCCGAUGGGUCAUGGUCCAUGGAGGGCGAGCCAACCGUCGCCAGGAGCUGCAGGUUCUCCGUCUGCGUUUGACCAAGCGGGCUUUUUGGCGAUCGCUGUUGGGCUAACUCUUCGGGCUAAAACCCCGAGCCUACGAGAAUACCACACGGUUGAUGCUUGA